AUGGGGAAAGUUCACCAACGCCGAAUAGUUAAUGAAUCCAAAAAUAAAUUAGCAGCUAAAAUAUCAGAAGCAGCCAAUGUAUUGUUGCCUGAAAAUUCUGGUUAUAUCAUUGCUGAACCCGGAGAGAAAACAACAAAAAUCUCACAAACACAGCUAUCAAAUUCAGUUGAUGUGACUAGUGCUAAGAAACAUUUUGAUUUAAAACUUGAUUUUGGUCCGUACGAUAUUGACUAUUCAUUAAAUGGUCGUCAGUUAUUGAUUGGUGGACGAAAAGGCCAUGUUGCUGCUAUGGACUGGAUUACAAAACAUUUGAUGUGUGAAAUAAAUGUUAUGGAAGAAGUGUAUGACGUCAAAUGGCUUCACAAUGAAAAUCUUUUUUCGGUUGCACAAAAAAAGUGGGUUUAUAUGUACGACAAUCAAGGCGUGGAAGUACAUUGCUUGAAGAACUUAAACAAUGUUUUACAUCAGGAAUUUCUACCGUAUCAUUUUCUUUUAAGUACUGCCAGCGAAGAAGGAUUUUUAUCUUGGUUAGAUGUGUCAAUGGGAAAAUUAGUAACACAAUUUAAUGCCAAAAUGGGUCGAUUGAGCCUUAUGACUCAAAAUUCAAAUAAUGCAUUGAUCUGUUUAGGACAUACAAAAGGUGUUGUGUCAAUGUGGAGUCCUAAUCUUCGGGAACCUGUUGCUAAAAUACUUUGUCAUGGAAAUAUGAUUACAUCACUUGCUAUAAAUUCUAAUGGAAUGUACAUGGCCACAUCUGGUAUGGAUAGGAGUAUUAAAGUUUGGGAUAUACGUAGAUUAAGAGGACCAGUACAAGAUUACAAAGUUAGGACUAGCCCAAGAAGUAUGGUAUUCAGUCAAACUGGAUGUUUAGCUGUGGCCAUCAAUAAUGUUGUUGAUGUGUAUGAAGAAUGUUGUACAAAAACUGUUCAGCAUGCUUAUCUCAGGCAUAACAUUGCCAGAACGAUAAACAAUAUAGCUUUUUGUCCAUUUGAAGAUGUCCUUGGAGCGGGACACGACGGUGGUUUUUCUAGCUUACUAAUACCCGGAUCUGGUGAACCAAACUUUGAUGCUUUGGAGAGAAAUCCAUUCCAAACAAAGAAACAGCGUAAAGAAGCUGAAGUGAAAAUGCUUUUAGAAAAGAUCCCAGCGGAAAUGAUAACAUUAGAAUCGACCGUGGAUGAAGUAGAUAUAAAUACGUUCCAGACAAAACUAACGGCAAGAAAUUCACUUCAAACUGUAAAACCAUUGAAAAUAAAUAUCAAAGUGAGGAAUAAAAUCAAGAAAAAAACCCUAGCUAACCCUUCAAAAAUAAAAGAAAAAAUAUUAGAAGAAAAAACAAAGGAAUUUGUUAGAGCACUGAAUGCACGGCCAAAGGAUGAGAUUGAUGAUGGAAAAUCAACACGUUUUGGUGUACUGGAUAGGUUUAAAAAUAAAAGAAAUCAAAAGAAAUAA